AUGGGAAAAAGAGCUGCCGAAACAGCUAAAAUGUUAGCCCUACAAAAUAAUCUAAAUAUAUCAACUGAGUUGGAGCCUCAGAAUAGGAGAUCUGAACUCUUCUCUUCGGAAUUGUUCAAGUUCACUCCCGUCACAUGCACAGAGGUUCAACACAUAAUAACAACAAUGCCGUCGAAUAAAUCUCCAGGACCAGACAAAAUCAGCAUGCGGAUUAUUAAGGAUUGUCUUCCGGUCAUACUCGGCCCAUUGACAGACAUCAUUAAUAACUCAUUUACCACCUCGGCGUUCCCUGAGUCCUGGAAAAUAGCAGAAAUUAUACCAAUCUUAAAGGAAGGUGAUCAUGAAGUUGCUGCAAAUAACCGCCCACUUUCAAUGCUUAAAGUACUAUCAAAGAUCUGCGAAAAAGUUGCUCUAAAUCAAUUUAGCGGUUUUCUUAACCGCACUGACCGCCUAUCCCAACAAAGUGGAAACAAAAAGUAUCAUUCAACCGAAACACUCAGUAUAUUAGUCAAUGAUGUUUUGCUAAAAUCGAUGGACAACAAAAAGCUUACUGCUCUAGUCCUUUUGGACAUCUCAAAAGCGUUUUACAGCGUGGAUCAUUCAAUCCUGCUGAAGAAACUAAGCAAUAUUGGGGUUUCAAGUGAAGCCCUUAACUGGUUUGAAAGCUACAUUAUAGAUAGAAAGCAGUUUGUUCGCACUGGCUCCCCGGUAUCCGAAUUUCUACCAAUCACUCAUGGAGGCUUAUGGAGGUCACCGCUAUUGUUCUGUAUCUAUAUAAAUGACCUCUCAAGAGUACCACAAGCAUCUGAGUUGGAAUCAUUCGUCGACGAUUCUAAGAUCUUUAUGUCAUUUCCAAUUGAAGAUAUUGCUAGUGCAAAAACAAAGAUAGAAGAGGACCUCAAAUUGGUCGCAACUUGGUUUUUCGAAAAUAAACUGUUGAUAAACCCCGAGAAGACAAAGUUACUCUUGAUAGGAACUCGUCAACUGCUUGGUAAGCUCCUUGAGGAGACGACAAUUACAUUUAUUGGUGAAGAGAUUACACCAACCACAAAUGCCAAAGACCUGGGAUUAACCCUAGACAGUUAUCUGACAUACGAUUCCAUAUAA